UACAUUUCGUUCACAAUAAUGGGCAGAAAAGAAUAUAACUUUCAAGAAUUUUUUCAACUAGCAAAGCCAGAUAAUCCAAAGGCCAAUAAAAAGGCAAGUCACCUUAGAAAUUGUCCAAAUUUUAAAGCCAAAUAUAGUACAAAUGAGGUUUCAAAGAUUUUUGCACGACCUGUGCCUGAAGAUUUGGUUUGUACUGUAUAUGAUAUUAAUUACUUGCUUAAUAAAUCAGUAGUGACCGAUAUUGAAUCUGUGUCUGAAGAUGAAACUAUCACAUCUUCUACAAUCUCAAAAACCAACUCAUCACUUACCAAAAAUUUUGUUUCAAAAAAACAAAAUCAAAAAUCUAUUACUAGUUUUGUUUUGCAUUCAAUGUUUAGUAAAGAUAAAGGACAUCUUGAAAACUUAAUAUUACAUAUGAUAGUAUCCAAUGGCCUUUCUUUUACAUUCAUGGAAAAUCAAGAAACACAAGAUCUAACUGAGAAAAUCUUACAAGACAUAUGUGCAGAUAAAAUUGGAGUAAUAGCAGUCUUUGAUGGCUGGAUGAACAUUAAACAAAAGCAUCUUUUUGGCAUUACUGAAAAUGUGAAAAUUCUUAUUAAAAAUAUUAUGGAUGAUGCAAACCUAAAGGGUAUAAAAAUUAAUUGUUUUGUGUCAGAUUCUGCUAGUGAUAAAAGAAAACAUAGUGAAGUCGAAAAGAAUGAACAGCAGUAUAAACAAAUCCAUAUCAUAACUUCUAUCCAACCUUUUAAUGAAGAUGUAACACAAAAUGAAUUGACAGAGCCUUUUUUACUAAAAAGUAAUAAUAAAGAAAACAAUUUAUUAGUUUCAAAUAAUUUAUCAAUUCAAUUAAGUGAAAUUACUGAGAUGAAUAAUAAAGAUGUAGUUGAUGAUAUUGAAGAAAAUUGGUCACAUACAAUAAAAAACUUAAUUAGUUCAUUGGAUAGUGAGAAUUGUUUAGAUAAUAGCAAUGUUGUAGAUAGCAAACUACUUGAAUUUGAAUUGCAUAGACAUAUUAUUCAUCUAGUAGAUGAUCCAUCAGCCAAAUGGUGUUUGUUAGAAUUAUUUGAUAAUUUAUUAGAAGCACUCAUUUCUUUUGUUCAUUAG